AUGGACGCAGCCCCCCGCGCACCCCAAGCUGGGUUCGGCUCCGCGCGCUCACUCACCGCGGCUGCAGACACGCUGGAGUUUCCGGAAUGGGAGCGGUCUCGGGAACACCUUCCCCCGGGUGUAACGGGAGCGGGAGGCGGGGCGACCGGUGAGGGGCCGCCUUUCCUGGCCGGCCGGGGCCCGGAGCCGGGGAGCGCCAGGGCCGGCCGCCACCUCCUCUCUGCGGCCCUCCCCUUCCCCCGCCCAGCGCCCGCCCCCUGGCUCCGCACUCCCCGCCCCCUACCCCCGCCUGGACUCGGCUUUCCACUGGCUCGGGGCUUCCUGCCAGCCCGGUGGAGCUCAGCCGAGCCACGUGGGCCGCAGCGGGCUCAGCUGGGGCCCAACCCGGGAGACGCCAGAGGCGGCGGUGGCAGCGCAGGGAUAGGAUCGCCGCCCCAAGUGCGGCUCUGCGUGGACAGCUCCGUGCCUCCUCGCACCCAGACAGCUUCCUGCAAGCUGGCGAGGAUAACGGAGAGCACCUGGGCGGCCCGGGGGUCCCUGGGGUCAGCCACAGGAAGGAGAAGGCAGGCACGCACGGAGAGGACGCGGCGGUGCCCAGAAGAGCCCGUGUCAGGUGCACGGUGGCGAGAAGGGGCCGAUCCCCCUGCUGGCAAUCGGGCAGAGCCACCGACUUCCUCUAAGGGCGCGGGACUCGAGCGUACAGAGUCCACAGCACACAUUGCCAGCGAGAGGCCGUGUCAAAUGAUUGACCUGGAAAUUAAAUUAAAAAUGAUGAAGGACUACAAACAUGAAAAACCAGAGAUGGUUAUUGCGUACCAGGCAGGCACAUCCCACUCGCCAUAGUUAAGAGCUUAAAGGAGAACAAUGGGAUGGAAACCAAAAGGAUCUGCUUCGUGGACAGCAACAAGACUAUAGAAAUUUGCAAAGGACCUGUGUCAGAUAUGCAGAAACUUCUAAUGAACUGGAUUAAAGACCAGACACAGAAGCAUAGUCCCCUCAGCAUCAUGACAAUCACAGCCAAAGCCUAAAAUUUGUAAUGUUAAAAGGCCAGACCCAACUCUGAUGUUGAAUUCAUUGUUUAAACCAUCCAAGAAUCAUUACUCAUCAUAUAUAGUGAAAGUGAGUGAUGAGUCUGCAAAUGCAGAUGUAAAGGCAAAUGAAGAAUUUUUGGAAACUCUAGAUAAGCUGGUUACUGAGGAAAAUUACUUGCCAGAACAAAUUUUCAGUAUGAACAAAAUGUCCUUAUUCUGGAAAAGGAUACCUGAAAGAAUUUUCGCCCCUACCAAGGCCAAGCCAAUGCUGGGUUUCAAGGCUUGUAAGGACAAGAUAAUGGUCUUGUUUGCAAGAGGGCAAGGCUGCAGGCUCCAAACUGAAACCUUUUGUGAUGGGGCAGAGUGAGAAGCCGCAGGCUUUUGAACACAUCAUAAGCCAGUGCACUGCAGGAGCGAAGAUGAGAAAUCAUGAGGGAUCGAGCCCCUCUUCCAAAAUGCCCUCCUGCAUUGCUAAGCCAGUGAAAUGAAGAAGCACUGUUUGGAGAAUAACACAACCAUUCAAGAGUUGGCUUCUCAUUGAUAAUGCUCCCGCACAUCCUCCUUUUAGAUGGGUGAGCUCCAUCUCAGUAUCAAAGUGGUGUUUCUCCUUCCACACACCACCUCUUUGCUCCAACCAAUGGAUCGAGCAGUUGUAGCAGCUUUUAAGGCCCAUGACUGGAGGAGGUCGGUGUUAUCGCUGCAACCGAGGGAGACACUGGACAAAUCAGAACAUGUGCGACUGCCUUGGGAACCUCGCUUGGACUUGCUGUGAGGUCACUGAGGAGUGUGUGAGUAGCAUGUGGAAGGGGGCAGCCGAGAGCUUCAUCCAUGAUGUCGAAGGGUGUGCUAAGGAUGAAGAAGUUGCAAACAUCAACAAGGCUGUGGCUGAGACGACAACCAACUUUAGCCCGGUGUGGGUGAGGAGGAUGCGAAGGAGCUCCUGAAGGUGCUCCCUGAGGACUUGGUCGAUGAGGAGUUGUUGGAGGUGGGACAGGAACGCAGAGCCGAAGAAGAGGCAAGAGAAAAAGAAACUUCCUGAGGAGGAAACGAAGAACUCCCAAGGAAAUUCACAGGGGAGGAUUCAGCAGGAGAUUUUGACUUUUAACAAGCGUCUUAUGUGGACCUCAGCCCUGAAAGGUGUUCAUUAGUAGAAAGGAAUAUUCAUGGUGUAGCAUCUGCUUACCGGCAAGCAGAUUUCUGAUAAAAAAAAAAAGCAAGAAAGAAACCAAGCCAAUCCACACGGACAUAUAGUCACGCAUCACUUAAGGAUGGGGAUACAUUCUGAGAAAUGUAUCAGCAAGUGAUUUGGUCUUUGUGCCAACAUCACAGAGUGUGUUUGCACAAACCUAGAUGGCAUAGCCUGCUACUGACCUAGGCCAUAUGGUCUAGCCUAUUGCUCUGAGGCCACAAAUUUGUGCAGCACAUUACUAUACUGAAUACUGUAGGCGGUUGCCACUCAGUAUUGAAUAUCUAAAAAUAGAAAAGUAGUAUUUGAAUAUCUAAACAUAGAAAAAGUACAAUAAAAAUAAGGUACAUACUAGAUUAAAUAAACCAUACUGUAAAAUUAAAAAAAAAGGUAUAAAUAUUUUUUUAAAGGGCGCACCCAUGUAGGGCACUUACCCUGACCAGAGCUUACCAGACUGGACAUUGCUGUGAGUCAGUCAGUGAAGGAGAGGGGAGUGAAUAGGAAAGGCUAGGACACUACUGCGGGCUUCAUAAAAACUGUACACUGAGGCUGCACUAAAUUUACAAAAAAUGUUUUAUCAACUUUUACUUUUUAAAAUUUGUUUACUCUUGUAAUAACACAGCUUCGCAUGUAAACACAUUCUACAGCUAGAUAAAAAUGUUUCAUAUAUAUAUAUAUAUA